GUGAUUUUGUACUUUCUUUGCGUUCCAUUCUUAUCUAACUACGAAAUAGCAAAACAUUUGCAAUACUUCUUCUACAGCUGGAAUUAGUGCUGGCUGCCUAUUCCCGUUUCUGAACAAUAUUGGAAAACGGAUGGUAUGGCGCUUAUAUCUGGAGAGAAAACUUUCCGAGCACUUUACGGAGAAAAGGUGAACCCUCAGGACAAAUUAAAAGCAGCCUUGGAGCUUAACGAAACUCCUGAAAGUGUAGAAGUUGCACUGCGUACUCUCAAAGACAUGCUUGGAAGUGUCCAGAAUUUGAACGCUUGUUUGGAUGAUGAUUACUUACUAUUUUUUCUAAGGGCUCGAAAAUUUGACAUUGACCGUGCAUUCAGCCUCCUUCAGAACUUUUAUGGCUAUCGCGCACAGUAUCCGGAACUCCUACAGAACUCUUCGCAAGUGGAAGCACUGCUCAGAAAUGGACUGUACUACCAUCUACCGUACAGGGAUGAAGAAGGAAGGGCUAUUUCUGUCUUAAAUAUUUCUUCCUGGGACCCGGAUGUCUAUUCAUUCUGGGAUAUGGCUGCCGCCAUAAUGUUGUCAUCAGAAAGCAUUUUAUGGUUCGAUCCCGUGACUCAGAUUAAUGGUAUUGUUAAUAUCUGUGAUGUUCAAGGAUUUAGUAAGAAAAUUUUCCUGGAGAUGAGCUCACCAAGGAAACUGUCUGUUUUUUCUACGAUUUUAACCAAUAGUAACCCAGCUCGAGUAAGUACAAUUCUCGUAAUCAAUACUCCCCAGUUAGUAGAAACGUUAUGGACGUUGGUGAAACCUUUGAUACCUAAAAAGUUCGGAGAUCGAGUGCAUUUCCUUGGAUCUGACAUGAAAGACCUACAUCAGUUUUUAGACCCAGCUAUUCUCCCCCAGGAAUAUGGCGGCAAAUUACCCUCGCGUGACUAUCAAAAAUUUGUCCAACUCGUUCGGGAUCGUGAAGAUUACACGAAUUACGUACGACAGUUUGGUUUUGUAAAAACUGAAGAGACAGAAGUGACAGAAAAAUACACUAAGUUAAAUGAGGAUGAUAUUUGGUAGCUGACAUUUGCAAAAAGUAAAAUAUGGCGUGGAAUUCAGUCAGAAGUAUUCAGAAGCUAUAAAUGAGGAACGACUGCUGAUUUUGCUGCGUUUGCUGCCUUUUUUAUGUAUUUUUUUCUGUCUUUUGUAUAAAUUAAAACGUGGUUAA